CUGCUGCAGGUUGAAAUGCUAGAACACAAGUACGGGGGUCACUUGGUGUCCCGGCGCGCCGCCUGCACCAUCCAAACCGCCUUCCGCCAAUACCAGCUCAGCAAGAACUUCGAGAAGAUCCGCAACUCGCUCCUGGAGAGCCGCCUGCCGCGGCGCAUCUCCCUGCGCAAGGUGCGGGCGCCCACGGCAGAGAGCCUGGCUGCUGAGAAGGCGCUCAUGGAGGGCUGCGGCCUCAUGGGGCUGCAGCUGGGACGCGCGCCCUCUCUGCCGCCCGGCCUGGCGGGCGCGCUCACCGAGCUGGAGGACUCCUUCAGCGAACAGGUGCAGUCCCUGGCCAAGUCCAUUGAUGAUGCGCUCAGCACCUGGAGCCUCAAGACUAUGUGCUCUCUGCAGGAGAGCGGCGCCUAUCAGAUCCACCAGGCUCUGCGUGCUGGCGGGGGUCCUCCUGGCCUGGAAGCGGAGACCCGGGAGCUCUCAGGAGCCAGCCCAGGGCCCGGGGAGGAGGCCUCUGAGCCUGGGGGCCUGUCCCAGGGCCACAGCAGCACCCUCAUGAUGGCGUUCCGGGACGUCACGGUGCAGAUCGCCAGCCAGAACAUCUCUGUCUCCUCGUCCACAGCCCUGUCGGUGGCCAACUGCCUGGGCACGCAAGCUGCCCCUACUGCCGCAGAAUCCGCAGAGAGGGCAGCCGAGCAGGACGAGGUAGUUGGGCAGGAAGCCCCUGAGGUCCCCCCUGCGGGCCAGGGGGACGCGGGGGAAGCACCCAUAGAGGAUCUGGGUGCAGAUGCAGGGACCAGCGAAGCCCUGGGCGUCAACCAACCGGGGACCGCAGAGGAGACAGUGGCUACGGCAGAGGUCGAGGCCCAGGAGUUAGAGGAGGAGGAGGAGGCAGAGGCCGCUGGCAGAGGCGCCACCGGGUCUGAGGCCGAGGCUGAGGCUGAAGCCGAGGCGGAGGCCGAGACAGACGUGGGAGACCCCUCGGAGCAGCUGAGCAGCUGCAGCGCGUCUACCAAAUCGGCCAAGUCGGGCUCCGAAGCCUCGGAGAAGUCCACCUCCAAAGAAGCGCUCCAGGCCAUGAUCUUGAGCCUGCCGCGGUACCACUGCGAGAACCCCGCGAGCUGCAAGUCGCCGACGCUCUCCACUGACACCCUGCGCAAGCGGCUCUACCGCAUUGGCCUCAACCUCUUCAACAUAAACCCGGACAAGGGCAUCCAGUUCCUGAUCUCCCGUGGCUUCAUCCCUGACACCCCCAUCGGUGUGGCCCACUUCCUCCUACAGCGUAAGGGCCUCAGCCGCCAGAUGAUUGGAGAGUUCCUGGGCAACAACAAGAAGCAGUUCAACCGCGACGUGCUGGACUGCGUAGUGGACGAGAUGGACUUCUCCAGCAUGGAGCUGGACGAGGCCCUGCGGAAGUUCCAGGCUCACAUCCGUGUGCAAGGAGAGGCCCAGAAGGUGGAGCGGCUCAUCGAGGCCUUCAGCCAGCGCUACUGCAUGUGCAACCCCGAGGUGGUGCAGCAGUUCCACAACCCUGACACCAUCUUCAUCCUGGCCUUUGCCAUCAUCCUCCUCAACACCGAUAUGUACAGCCCCAACAUCAAGCCCGACCGUAAGAUGAUGCUAGAGGACUUCAUCCGGAACCUGCGAGGUGUGGAUGACGGUGCUGACAUCCCCAGGGAGCUGGUGGUGGGCAUCUACGAAAGGAUACAGCAGAAAGAGCUUAAGUCCAAUGAAGAUCAUGUCACGUAUGUCACCAAGGUGGAGAAGUCCAUUGUGGGCAUGAAGACAGUGCUGUCUGUGCCACACCGCCGCCUGGUCUGCUGCAGUCGCCUCUUUGAGGUGACCGACGUGAACAAGCUGCAGAAGCAGGCUGCGCAUCAGAGAGAAGUCUUCCUCUUCAACGACCUGCUGGUGAUACUCAAACUCUGCCCCAAGAAAAAGAGCUCCUCCACGUACACUUUCUGCAAGGCAGUCGGCCUACUGGGCGUGCAGUUUCACCUGUUUGAGAACGAGUAUUAUUCUCAUGGCAUCACCCUGGUGACCCCACUGUCGGGCUCAGAGAAGAAACAGAUGCUGCAUUUCUGUGCCCUGGGUUCCGAUGAGAUGCAGAAGUUCGUGGAGGACCUGAAGGAGUCCAUUGCCGAGGUGACGGAGCUGGAGCAGGUCCGGAUAGAGUGGGAGCUGGAGAAGCAGCGAGGAGCAAAGACACUCUCCUUCAGGUCUGGGGAAGCCCAGGUGGACCCACAGUCAAAGCAAGGAUCGCCUACAGCCAAGAGGGAAGCGGCUCCGGGGGAGAAGCCGGCAGAGAGCACCGUGGAGGUGUCAAUUCACAACAGGCUUCAAUCGUCCCAGCACAGCUCCGGGCUGGGGGUCGAGAGGGGCGCACCGGGGCCACCACAGCCAGACCUGCAGCCUAGCCCCGCCAGAGAGCAGCCCCCGCCACCCACACCACUGAUGCUGCCACUGCCGCCACCACCGCCCACUCCCCCAGGCACCCUGGUGCAGUGCCAGCAAAUCGUCAAGGUCAUUGUCCUGGACAAACCCUGCUUGGCCCGCAUGGAGCCCCUGCUGAGCCAGGCCCUCUCCUGCUACACCUCGUCCUCCUCCGACUCCUGUGGUGGUGGCUCCACACCCCUGGGCGGCUCAGGAUCCCCGGUCAAGGUCAUCCACCAGCCUCCGCUGCCCCCGCCCCCACCGCCCUACAACCACCCUCACCAGUUCUGCCCACCUGGCAGCUCGCUGCUACACCGGCGCCGCUACUCCAGUGGCUCCAGGAGCCUGGUGUAGACCCUGGUCCAGACUGCGGGUUGUUCUAGGAAAGCCAGGGAGAGAGAGGAGAGGAUGGGCAGGGCAUCUGUUGCCCCUCCAUACCCGGGCACCACGCAUUCCGGAGGCACCACAUGUUCUGGAUCACUGAUCACUGUUGUUUUUUUGGGAAAAAGAACCCCACCCCCACCCAUCCCCAGCCCUGGUUUUGUCUGGUCUCACUGUCCUUCUCUUACACAGCUCAAUGCACACACACACACACACCAGUUCACAUUCCUGGGCUCUACACAGCCAGACAGGACACAGCCUCCUCGUGCUCUCCCCCUUGGACUAUGGAUCGAGGAGGAGUAAGGUUUUGUAUCCUCCGUACCCAGCAGCCGCAGGCUAGUGGGCAGGAGCAGGGAGCCUGGUGGCCCAGCAGCAGUGCGCAGCGUGGGCAGGGCAGGCAUGGCUG